AUGGACUCCAUGUUUGAGGAUGACAUCAGCAUCCUCACCCAGGAGGCCCUGUGCCAGGAUGAGGAGUGGCUGGACAGCCCCAACACGGACCUCUCCAGUGAGAUGUGCUCGGCCUCUCACUUCGCCCUCAUCACGGCCUACGACGACAUCAAAAACCGUCUGACCAGCCUGGAGAGGGAGAACUCCACCCUCAAGAGGAGGCUGAAGAUGUAUGAGAUCAAGUACCCGGUGAUCAGCGAGUUCGGGGAGGAGCGCCUCUUCUCGGUCUACGACACCCACGAGUGCUCCCUGCUGAAGAGCGAGAAGGCCAGCCUCCAGCAGCAGCUGAACCAGUUCCAGCAUGAGCUGCAGAAGAGCAAAGAGAGGGAGGAGCAGCUGGACGAGAUGAUCCAGGCAUAUGAGAAGCUAUGUGUGGAGAAGGCUGAUCUGGAGUCGGAGCUGGGGGAGAUGAGAGCUUUGGUGGAGACUCAUCUGAAUCGGAUCCGGAGCCUGGAGCAGCAGCUGCGACAGAGAGAUGGCAACUCCUUCCAAAACCUCAACUCCCAGCUGCAGAACCAGGAGGUCCAAUACCUGUCGCUCCACGGCAGCCCUGGCCUGACACAUGGUGACUGGCAGAGCUCCCGCAGCCUGGAGCAGCCCAGCGAGCUGGAGGUGCACAGGCUGGAGGCCGAGCUGGAGGAGACCCGGCACGAAGCCCAGAGCUCGCAGCGCCGGGAGGAGCAGCUGAAGGCAGAGUGCGAGAGGCUGCAGUCUGAGCUGAAGCAGCUCCAGGAGACCCGGGCGCAGGACCUGGCGACUAGUCAGUCGGAGCGGGACAUGGCCUGGGUGAAGAAAGUCGGUGAUGACCAGGUGAACCUGGCGCUGGCCUACACCGAGCUGACCGAGGAGCUGUGCCAGUUGAGGACCCUCAGCUCCCUGCAGAGCCAGAUCCUCCGGACGCUGCUGCAGGAGCAGGCCAUCAACGGCGGCCAGAGGCACUCCCCGCUCUCGCAGCGCCGCUCCCCGGCGCCGUCCUGCCCGCCCCCAGCUCAGCAAGGCCGGCCCCCGGCCCCCCAGUGCCAGUCUCCCGCGCUGCAGCGGCGGUCUCCCGUCCCCCCCAGCCAGUCCCCCGCCCAGCAGCGCCGCUCCCCGGCGCCCCCCCCGUGCCAGUCCCCUGCCCAGCAGCGCUGCUCCCCGGCGCCCCCCCCGAGCCAGUCCCCCGCCCAGCAGCGCCGCUCCCCAGCCCCCUCCUGCCCGUCCCCCGCCUCCCAGCACCGGGCGCCCCCCGCCAGCGAGAGGAACAUGAUGGAUCUGGGGUACUCAAAGCCCCCAAGCCACCACAUCAAAGCCAGCUUCCAGGGGCGUCGCAGCUACUCGGAGGUGAGCGACGCUGCCGUCUACCGGCAGGGCCACUCCCUGUGGCUGCAGCCCGAAGCCUCCACGCUGCCUAAGCACCGUCCCUACGGCGAGGUUUACAUCGGGGGGGCCGGCGGGCCCGGGAGCGCCAGGUACGCCUUCGAGGAGCAUCUGCGCUUCGAGAAGCAGUCCUCGGACGAAGACGAGUGGGGUGUCCCCAGCCCCCCCAGUCCCGAGGCGGGCACCAUCCGCUGCGCCUCUUUCUGCGCCGGCUUCCCCAUCCCUGACCCCGCCGCGCACCGGACAGCUGCCUCCUACUCCAGGGCCGAGCACGCGCAGUCCUGGCCGUCGAUCAACCUGCUGAUGGAGACGGUGGAUUCCGACAUCCGAAGCUGCCCCCUCUGCCAGCUGGCGUUCCCUAUCGGCUACCCGGACGAUGCUUUGAUAAAGCACAUUGAUUCGCACCUGGAGAACAGUAAGAUCUGA